UUGGGGACUUUACCUUGGCUAUUUCUCUGCCCUAAUUGCUCUUCUCAUAGUUGCCAGCUUGGCUCACUUCCCCACUGCUUUCAGAUUUUCUGCCCAAAAUCCCCUCAUUAAAGGUGGCUAUAUAAAAAGCAUUUCCUCUUCAGACAAUGACUUUCUUACCCUAUAUUAUUUUACUUAAUUCACUGCUUUUUCCCAGUGACUUCAGUGAUGCUUGGCACCAAAUAAAUGGUAAAAAAUAUUUGAUGAAUGAAUAAAAGAAUGUAUCAGAAAAUUUUUAGAGGAAAAUAUUGCCUUGAGAUAGUGGCUAGUCAGUUUCAGCAUCAAGAAGAAGAUGGAGCAUUUGGGAUUCCAUGAAAUUUUCAGGUAAAGGGCAUUAGAUCUAUAGAUAAUAUAUUGCAUUAAUUAAUUAAACAUGUUUCAAAUACAAGCAACACAUUUGUUAAGGCGCUGAUCACUAUGCUUAAUUUGCAUUGCACUUGUCUCUUUCCCAGAAAUUUCAUCAGCUACAUGGAACCAAGAAACCAAACAGGUACUUCAGAAUUUAUCCUCCUGGGACUCUCAGAAGAGGCAGAAGUGCAGCCUCUCAUCUUUGGGAUAUUCCUGUCCAUGUACCUGGUCACCUUUAUUGGGAAUCUGUUCAUCAUUCUGGCCGUUAUCACCAACUCCCAUCUCCACACACCCAUGUACUUCUUCCUUUCCAAUCUAUCUUUUGCAGAUAUCUGUUUCACCUCCUCCACCAUCCCGAAGAUGCUGCUGAACAUUCAGAUGCAGAGCAAGGUCAUAAGCUAUGAAGGUUGCCUCAGCCAGAUAUAUUUUUUCAUGGUUUUUGGAAGAUUAGACAAUUUCCUCUUGACAGUGAUGGCCUAUGACCGGUUUGUGGCCAUCUGUUACCCACUGCACUAUACUGUCAUCAUGAACCCCAAAAUUUGUGGCCUCUUACUUCUGAAAUCUUAUUUAUUGAGUGUUCUGGACUCUCUAUUACAUGACUUAAUGAUUUUGAGACUGUCUUUUUGUACACAGUUGGAAAUUCCCCACUUUUUCUGUGAACUUAAUCAGGUGGUCCAACUUGCUUGUUCUGACACAUUUCUCAAUGACCUAGUGAUGUACAUUGCAAAUGGAUUUCUAGUUAUUAUUCCACUCACUGGUAUCAUCUUAUCAUACUCUAAGAUUGUAUCCUCUAUUUUGAAAAUUUCAUCAGCUGUGGGCAAGUAUAAAGCCUUUUCCACUUGUGGGUCUCACCUCUCAGUAGUUUCCUUGUUCUAUGGUACAUUUCUUGGAGUAUAUCUUAGUUCUGCUGCUACUCAAAGCUCCAGGAAAACUGCAAUAGCCUCAGUGAUGUACACUGUGGUUACACCCAUGCUGAAUCCCUUUAUCUACAGUCUUAGAAGCAGGGACAUAAAGUUAGCCCUAAAGAUCAUGCUAGGCAAAGUGCAGGGUCAGCGGAAAAGAGGAAGACCCCCCAUGAGAUGGAUUGACACCGUGGUUGUAACAAUGGGCUCAUGCAUAACUACGAUUGUGAGGAUGGCACAGGAUCAGGCAGUGUUUCUUUGUGUUGUGCAAAGGGUGGCUAUGAGUUGGAACCGACUCGACAGCACCGAACAGCAACAACAACACUGUAUAUUGUGAAAGAGAAAA